AUGGGAUAGUUUUUAGGGCAUUUACAAAAUGCAUAACCUCCUUAAUCAAAUCCAUUACUAAAUAAUUCAAUAUCAAAAUUACGUGAGUAUCAUGGGUCUUUUCAAUCAGUUUGUGAUACAUUUAGUAUAGAUUUGACAGAGUUUGAAUAGAUAUUUGGAAGUAAUGAGACAAUGUUUUAAAUAUGGGAUACAGACAAUAAUGGGUAUAAUAAUUAUGUAUAUGUGUAGAUUGAUCAAUGCUUUGGAAUUAUUUUCAGGUUUAAUAAUUUUUGCAGAAAGUAAUUUUGAGGAGAAGGCGCGAUUUUUAUUUGAUCUAUUUGAUUUCAAUGAAUUAAAUUCUUUAAGUUUAGUAUGAAUAUUUGAUAAAUUAAGAUUGAUUUGGAUUUUAUGUUGUUAUCAUGUGCAAAUGCAACAUUUAAAAUAAUGCAAAUAAAUAAUGAAGUAAAUGAAGAAGAAAUCUCAGAUUUUUUGAGUAAUUUUUUUUCGGACAAUUAAAGAGUAAACAUAAGUUAAUUUUUAAAAUGGUGUGUAAAGACAGAAGAAAUAAGAUAAUUUUUGUAAUUGAUAAAAAAGGAAGCUCCAGAAUUAAAAGUGACAGCAUAAACAGAAUAACUUAGUUAGAAAAUAGAUGUUCUUAGAUAAGUAUUUAGUAAAGAGUUUGGAAAGAAACUUCUAUUGCCAGAUUCAAAACGUAUGUAUUUUGAUCAAAGAGGUCUUGGGUAUAAAUAUUAGUAAGUAUAUUAGAUAAAUUUUGUCAUCAAAGGCAUAUAAUUCAAAAAUCUAGUGGAUAAGUAGUUUAGCAAAAAAAGUAUAUGCACCCUAGCCUUAAAUGUUUUAGAAGGAUGUAUAUGCUAGAAUGAAUUGGGUAUAUGGAUUUAGAGGAAAGGAUGUUAAAAGACCUUUACUUUAUAUAAAGAUGUAAUCUAAUACUGAUAAAGCAUUGAAUGAGAAAAUGGUAUUCUUUACAGCAUGUAUAAUUAUUGUAUAUUAUCCUAAAAUAAAUGAAUAACGUCAUUAUUUGGAACAUGAGAGUGAAGUGAUAAGUGUAGCAGUCGCUAAUAAUUUGAGUUUGAUGGCAAGUGGAGAAUAUGCAGAAUAACCAGCUAUUCAUAUUUGGGAUAAUAAUACAUUACAUAACAUAGGAGUGAUAAAGGGUGUUCAUUAAAAGGGUGUACAUUUGUUAACUUUUUUUGGGAAUGAUGAAUUAUUAGCAUCAUGUGGAAUUAGAGUAGCUUCUCCUAUUUUGAUUUAUAAUAUAAAGGAUUUUUCUUUAGUGUUAUCAACUUAGGUUAAUGAGUUUGCAGUUGAUUUGUUGACCAUAAAGAAUUUUAUAGGAUCUUUUGGAGGAUCUUAGCAAUAAUAGCAACAGGUAAGUCAGUAGAAUUAAUAAAAUCCAUUUAAGAAGUAUGAAAACUCAUUUGUAGUAUGUACAAUUUAGCAAAUAAUUCAAUUUUAAUAUUAUGAUGGGCAUUUUUUGACAAAAGAGAUUUAGUUAGAGUAGUAUAAUUUAUUUUCACCUUUAACAUGUGCAACAGCAUUAAGAAUAUAUGCAAAAGAUCCAUAUUUAAAAGCUUAUCAGGAUGAAGCAGAAGAGGCAAUUGUGAUAAUAUCAGGACAUCAGAAUGGAGCCGUAAUUUUGUGGGAGAGUUUUGAAACAAUGGAGUAGAUGACAUCUUAUAAGGAUUAGAUAGUUUGCAUAACAAGUUAUUAAUUUGGAAUAAUAAUUGGUACAGAUGCAAGUACAAUACAUUUAUGGGAUUUCAAAUUUAAGAACAAUAUAAAGAAUAUAGAUUUAACAGCAUUUAGUUUUAAAUUGUUUAGUUAUGUUAUAAGUGAUAUAGUGGUUGCUGGAGAUAAAUUAUUGGUGGCGUCAACAGAAGGUGAUGUAGUAGAGAUCUUUUUGUAAUAGAAAUAGGAACAUUCUAGCAAUUCAUUUGUAAAUAAAUUAAGAGCAAACAGAAUAAAUUAUAUAAUAUAAUUGAGUGGAACAUUAUAGGCAUUAUGCAUAUUAGAGAGACCAGAUAGUGAUGAUAAAUUAGUAUUUUGUGCAGGAUCUUAAUCAACAGUGUAUGGAUUUUCAUUAGAGACACAUGAAAUAGUAGAUGUAUGGACAAUAGGUGAUUAGAUAUCAUCUAUGGAUUGUAUAAAUUUUGAAGAUGGUGGAGCAGUAUUUGCUUUAGGAACAGUAUCAGGUAAAGUGUAUUUAAGAUUGGAUUGGGAAGAAUCUCCAAGAUGGUAUGAUUGUAAACAUUAAGUAAAUGAUUUAAAGUUUUCAUCAGAUACAUCAUGUUUAGUGUGUGCAGUUUAAGAUGCAUUUGUAUAUGUGUUCUUUUUGAAUAAUACAUCAUAUUUUUAGACAGCUCCAAAGAAGAUACAUUUUGAAGGAGAGUUUCCAAUAUGUUUGGAUUUUGUGGAUGAUUGUAAAGCGUUUAUAGUGGGGACAACAAUGAAAAAUCAAUAUAAGAUUGAAUUACCUGAUUUGAAAUCUAAAAACUUAUUAUAAGAGAAUGAAAAAUUGAAUUCAACAACAUGGGUGAUACGUUAUCCACUUAGUUCAAGUAGCAGUUAAAAUUCAAAGAAAGAUUAAUAUCUUCCAUUAUUAAUUGGAGGGGAUGUAAAGAUCUUUUUGGCUGCAGGAGAAGGUGGUUAUGUAUACUUUUGGAGAGAUAGAGAAUAAUUAGAAACCAAUUGUGGUGGAUUCUUAAGAGGACAUGCUAGUAAUGUAAGUAGAUUAUAAAUGACUAAAUCUUAAGAUGUAUUUUAUACUGUUGGUACUAAUGAUAAUACAUUAAUUGAGUGGAAGAUAGAUUUCAUAAAUGAUUUAGCUGACUUUUCUAAACCAUUCUAAUAAGAUGAUAAAUUAUAAAUCAAUAAACCUGGAUUGAAUAAUUUCUCUAUGGCUUCAAAUAAAUAGGAUUUCAAUCAAACAAUUGAUGAGAUCUUUAAAAGAGAGAAAGAUUAUUGUUUCUUUUUAAAUAAUAUUUCUGAUAAAUUCAGAGAUAAUUUUGUUUAAUUUCGUGCUACUAAUUAAAAGAUGCUUAAUGGUUUACUUCAAGAACUCAUUCCACCAUUUGAUAAAAAGUAACAUGUGAUGAAACGUGCACCACCUUUGUCUUUGACUCUUGAUUACAUCUAUGGUUUUUUAGCGUACGAUAAAAGACGAACCCUAUUCUAUGUUCAUUUCUAUAAUAAGUAGGAAAAGAAAAAGAAAGGAGCUUAACAAUAAUAAUAAGAUCUUAAAUCAGAAUAACGUAAAAGAAUGGAAUAAAUGAAUUAAUAGAGCAUUAUGUUACCUGUGUAAUUCCAAAAAGAAAUGUUAUUUGCUAAAUAAGCAUUAUUACCUUAUGAUGAUUCACAUAAUGAUUGUCAAAGACAUUUUGUUUACAUUACUUCCAGAAUAGCAGUAGUCUACAAUCCAUUGAAUAAUCAAUAGAAAUUCUAUGAAGGACAUAGAUUUAAAAUCACUUGUCUUGCUAUUCAUCCUUUAAAAUGUUUUGUAGCAACAGGGGAAAGUGCACCUAGACCUUGUAUACAUGUUUGGAAUGUAUUUAAUACUGAACCUGUUAAGAUCAUAAGAACAAAUCAUAAAAAUGGUAUCUAUGAUUUGGUAUUCUCCAGAGACUCAUUAUUUAUUGUUAGCAUAGGAAUUGAUGAAACAUAUUCUAUUCAAGUCACAUCUUGGAAAAAUGAAACAAUCAUUGCCUUUAGAAAUUCAGGCACCUUCCCUAUAUGCUGUGUUAUGUUCAAUCCCUAUAAUAGAUAUGAAUUCGCUACUUGUGGAUAUCAAAAUGUUACUAUCUGGUCAUUAUAAGGAAGGAAUCUAAUUAGAAGUCAAGUCAUAUUGUCAGAUGAAGUCAAAUAUUCUAAUGGCUGUUUUAUCACUUGUCUAAGUUAUAUUUCCUAUCUUUUAGGAGAUAAAAUUGAAAGUGAUAUCAUUGUCGGCAAUAACUUUGGAGAUUUAGCCUUAGUUGCAUGUGGCAAAUAUAUUGUUGUGAAAGAAAGGUAUUUAUAUAUAUAGAUAUUAUUUAGAGCUCAUUAAAAAAUGAUCAAUUGUUUAAAGAUAUCUGAAAUACUAGGAGAUAAGGUUGUAAUUAUUACUUGUGGAGAAGAUGAAUAUAUUAAAAUCUGGGAUACUAAAUUUAAUUUGAUAAAUGAAUUCAAUAUUCGAAAGACUGGAUUCUUUUAAGAUGGCACUCCCGCUAUUAGAGUAUGAUUUAUCUUGUAAAUUUAGAAUCUAUCUGCAUAAUCUAUAGAUAUCUUUUCAUGUCGUGUUCCAAAGAGACACUUGAAUGAAGAGGAAGUAGAAGAAUCACAUAAUUUAUCUGUUAUGUUAGUUGGAACUAGAAAUGGAGAUAUCUUAGAGGCUGCAUUUUAAGUAGAAUUUUAAGGUCUAAAACUAUAAUAAAUAAAAAAAUAAUAAAGUCAUUCAGAUGAUGAACAUAGUAAUUCUCAUGAUUCAAGUGGAUCUGAAUAGCAGUAGAGACAACCUUAUACAACAACUGAAACAUUAAAAUUCAAUUAUUCAAUUUACAUGAGAUCUCAUCAAUCAUAAAUAUUUGAUAGUAAAUAAUAAAUUGAUUUCUUUAAUAAGAAAAUGUUCAUUACUCUUCAUCCCACUUAACCAAUUAUGGUAUCAAUGGGAGAAGAUUAAAAAUUAAUCCUAUGGGAUACUGAGAAUAACUCUCUAUUGUUAGUUAAAAAUAUGGGUAUGACACCAACAGCUAUACGUUUAUCCCCUGAUGGAGAUUUAUUAGUUAUAGGAUUCUAAAAUUCUAUGGUUGUAAUUAUGGACUCCAAAAUUUAAAAGAAUACUAUGGGAAAAGUGAGUGAACGAUAUUUAUUACCCUCCUUAGAUAUUAUUAUGAAUAUCAAGGAUAAAGAUAAUAAGACUCCUGUUUUAAAUAUUGAAUUUUCACAUAAAGGAGAUAUGCUUGCUAUUUCUUAUGAUAAUGCUCGUAGUUAAAAGGAUGUGAUUGAUUCUAAAUUAGAAAAAGAAGGUUCUUUUAUAUCCGUUUGGGUUAAUAGAGGUUCUCAUCGUACAUCAAAGUAUAGAGCAACAGAUAAGAAUUUAUAUUUAAAAUAUACAGAUAUACGUUGUCCAUCCCUUUAUGAAUCAUAUUAAACUGAUAAUGAUACUUAUGGUGUUGCUGCUUAUUUUAUGACUUUUAGUUAAGAUGGUAAUUAUCUGUUGAUAUAUUAUCAAUUAAUUAAUAAUUAAUAAACUAGAAUUAAUAAUGAUCCUUAAGGUGUGUAUAUAAUAUGGGAUUUGAAUUCAAAUACAUCAGUUAAAAAUUGGGAGACUAUUAAAAAUAUUUAAUGGAAAAAAUUGAAUUUCCCAAAUAGUUUACAUUCUCAAUAUUAAUUUUAUGAUUCAUUGAUUGGUAAUCCAAAAUAAAAAUAAGAAUAAGAAACUAAUUUGGCAAAUGAAAUAUUAAAGACUCCGGUGAUGUCUGUAAUGGUUGAUAUAUCUCCAUUUCUAAUCUGUGGAAGUACUAAUGGAGAUUUGCAUUUAGUAAAAUCAUCUUGUCUCUAUUAUGAUAAAGAUUUUAUCACUGAAAUAAGUAAAAAAUAAAAAUGUUUGGCUAAAUCGUAUUCUGCCCAUGUUUCAUUUGUUAAUUAAAUAGAAACACAUCAAAAUGCUUAAUAUCUCUAUACUACAGGAAUAUUGGAUGAAUGUAUAAUGAAAUGGAAAUUAACAGAAGAAUAAUAAAAUUGGGAUCUGGAUUAUUUAAUAUAUGAUAAGAAAUAAGCAGAUCUAUUUUAAGAAGUAUAAGAAAAAGAAAAAUUCAAAAGUUUAUUCUCAGAAUUAUUACCUUUACGUUAAGGUAUUUCUGAUAAGGUCAAAAAUGUAGAUGAUACUAAAUAACCUGAAGUAGAACUCAAAUUGUAAAGUAUCAUUGGAAGAAGAGCCUUUACAAGGAGAAAUAACCUAUUUUAUGAUUAUGAUGAAAGACUCAUCUAUGUGGCAGGAUGUAAUCUAGUUAUUGCUAGUUUAGAUGAUGAAGAAGAAUAGGAUGAUAAAUUUACAUCUCAAUUCAAAAAAUAUAAUGGUGGAUACAUUCAAUAAGAGAAUAAUUCAGUCUUUUAAUAGUUCAUCAAAUUGGAUUAAUCAGAUACUUCAUCAUCACCUGAAAUCUCAUGCAUUACUUUAAGUCAAGAUAAAAAACUAUUAUGUGCUGGUACUAUUGAAUUAAAUGCUAAAUUACUUAUUUGGGAUAUAUGUUCAAGAACUUGUGUUAAAAAUAUUGUCAUUAAUAAUGCAGUCAUGAUUAUGAAUAUCAAAUUUGCUUAUGAUAAUAGACAUUUGAUAUGCAAUGCAAUCACAUAAGAAUAUAGAUAAGAAAUACUUCUCAUAGAUUCAGAAAAUCAUUAGGUUCUAGGAGUUGUCACUUACACCUACUCAAUACCUUACAAGAUUAAAGAUUUAGAAUUCUAUCCCAAUAGUGUCUUUAGAUUUGUUACUUGUGGAGUUUAACACAUGUCUUGUUGGCAAUUUGCUGGAGGUUCAUUAACAUUUCAAGCUAUGGAAAUUGAAAAUCCCAAAGACUUAGUAGAAUUGGUAGAAAAUUAAAAUGAUGAACAAGAAGGAGUUUAGGAUAAUGAAUAAGAAUAAGAUGCCUUAAGAAUAACAUUUUUAACUGUAAUAUUUGUUUAAGACGCCAUAAUAACAGCAGGAGAAGAUGGAUUUAUUUAUGUUUGGGAUGAUAAAAAGAUAAAUAAAAAAUAAAAGGCUCAUCCAGAUUAACCAAUAUUCUGUUUAUAUACAAGCAAAGAUUCUUCAAUGUUUGUAUCAGGAGGAAUGGAUGGAAGAGUAAUUUUAUGGUCUUUAAGCAAAUCAGAGUAUUCAUAUGUAGUGGAGAAGAUUUAUGAAUAUAGUAUAGCAAAUGAGUAGAUACAGAAGGCAGGAUUGAAUCCAAAUUUACAUGUUUAAUCAGUUUGCAUAGGAUAGAAUUAUAUAUUAGCAGGAACAAGAAGUGGUGAUAUUUAUGAAUUGGUGAGACCAAAUGAAUCUGAUUUGAAAUGUAAAUAAUUUGAUAAAAUUUAGCUUUAACAAAAAUCUAGAAGGAUAUGGUGAAAUUAAGAAUAAAUUGUACUGAUCAUGAUUAACCAAAGGUUGUAGCAUUUUCUGGUAAUGCAUAAAAAUUAUACUCAAUAACAUAGAAGGGAUUAUUUGCAGUAUGGAAUUUGAAGAAAUUGAAGCGUACAUAUUCAUUUGCAUUUGAGAAGGCAACAUUGAAUUUAAUAGUAUGCAAAUUAUCACCAAAAAUAAUAAUAGCAUUUGAAUAGGAAGUAAUAGUAUUGAAUGAUCAUGAUUACAGUGUGAAUUCAAAUUAUUCAUUGAAAUAGAAAUCAGCAAUAUCUGAUAUGAAAUUGAGUGUUGAUGAAAAGAUGCUUGCAUUAGCUUUAUCAAGAAACUAAGAGUAGAAUGCUAAAAUAGAAAUAUAUGAUGUAGAAAAUGAGGAGAACAAUUUCAGAUUAUUAUGCAGCAUAGAUAAUUUAAAUACCAGUGUAGAAUAUUUGGAUUUUUCAACUGAUAAUUUCUACUUAUUUUAUAAGGAUGUUUCAGAUGAGACUGCAUUAAUAGAUUUAGAUUAAUAGAAACGAAUAAAUAGUAUGCAUAUGGAAUUUGAUUUGGAAUGGUGUAGUGAUGGAAUAAAAUUAGCAGAGAAAGCAAAAGGAGUACAUUCAUGUUACACAGAUGAAAAUAGAAUACAUAAGAUUACAUUAAUAGGAGAAAAGUCAAUGGCUGUAUAUAUAUAUAAUUAUAAAGGUUACUGAUGAUAUGGGAACAAUUAGAAUAUUUAAUUAUCCAUGUACUUCUGGAUAAGGAUAUAUGCGGAUAUACACUGAUCAUAUGAUGUAUAUAAAUCAAUGUGUUGCCAGUCCAGAUAAAGAAACCUUAGUAACAACUUCAGAAUAAGAUAAAUGUAUCAUGGUUUGGAAAAUACAGAAGGUUGAUGUGAAUAAUACAUAAUGA